CGCGGCGCCGUAGUCCCCGGUGGUUGCCGGGGGAACGGGCCCCGCGCCUGCCAGCCAGGGGAGGCCUCGCCUCGGCGGCCCAGGCCGCUGCCGUCCGCACCUCAGCCGCCGCCUUCCGGCCCGCUCCCGGCUCCUCGCCGGCUCCAGGGAUGCGAUGGGGCCCCUGGGGAAGGGGACGGGGGCCGGGGGCCCGGCGCCCGGCCGCCGAGGCAGGGAGGGUCUGGAGCCCCGGGCCGCCUCGGGGCCGGGCCGGGCAGCGGGAGAAGAUGAACAUCUGCAACAAGCCCUCUAACAAGACAGCUCCAGAGAAAUCUGAGUGGACCAUUUCAGACAAGAGCAGUGGGCCAUCCCCUGAGAUCUGUGGCCAGCGUUCUCGGAGAAAUGGCUGGAGUUGGCCCCCUCACCCGUUCCAGAUCGUGGCUUGGCUGCUGUACCUCUUCUUUGCUCUGAUCGGCUUUGGGAUCCUCGUCCCCCUCCUGCCUCACCCGUGGGUGCCUGCUGGCUACGUUGUAUCCUUGGAAGAUGCAGAUGCCAACGUGCGGGACAAGAGCUAUGCGGGGCCUCUGCCCAUCUUCAAUCGCAGCCAGCAUGCUCAUGUCAUUGAGGACCUGCACUGUAACCUCUGCGACGUGGAUGUGAGCUCCCGAUCGAAACACUGUAGCGCCUGCAACAAAUGUGUCUGUGGUUUUGACCAUCACUGCAAAUGGCUCAACAACUGCGUGGGGGAGAGAAAUUACUGGCUCUUCUUGAACAGUGUGGUGUCAGCCCUGCUGGGGGUCCUGCUGGUGGUGCUCAUCGCCUUCUACAUCUUUGUGGAGUUCUUUAUCAACCCCAUGCGGCUUCGGACCAACAAACACUUUGAAGUCCUGAAGAAUCACACCGACGUUUGGUUCGUGUUUCUCCCCGCGGCCCCCGUGGAGACCCAGGCCCCUGCCAUCCUCGCCUUGGCUGCCCUCCUCAUCCUGCUGGGCCUGCUCUCUGUGGUGUUGCUGGGACAUCUUCUCUGCUUCCACAUCUAUCUCAUAUGGCACAAACUAACCACCUAUGAGUACAUCGUGCAGCAGCGGCCCCCAAAGGAGGUGAAGGAGACCCAAAAGGAGCCGAAGAUGCGACCCAUGCAGGAGGUGGAGUUCUAUGUUCGAAGCUUCAGUUACACCAAUUCAGAGCCCCAGCCAGAGGGCUUGGCAGUGGCAGCUUCCAAGACCGACCAUUCCUCGCUCUUCGUCACCAGCGCAGAGGCUGCACUGCCCUCCAAGCCGGACACCCCAGUGCUGCCUCCCAAGAUCCAGCCCCAGAAGAGGAAGAAGAAGAAGAGGAAAGUGUACAAGGUGCCAGCCCUGGUGGCCAGUGACAAGUCUCAGAGCUGCCCCCCACCCCGGCCCGGGCUGCCCGCCCCCCACCCUGAGCUCCCUGAGGCUGGAGCCGCGAGCUCCUCAUCCCACUCCUCCAACUCCAGCCUUCACCUCCCCAUGCCAGCCUUCCUGGGCCCCGCCAGUUCCGUCCAGGCAGCCGGCCCUCCGGCCGAAUACCAUUCUGAGUCGGCCGAGUCCAUGGAGGAGAUCCCUGUGGCCCAGACUCGCCUGGGCAGCAGCACCGCGGCUGAAGCUGGUCGGCCAGCCCCUUACAGCAGCCUGGGCCUCUCCCGCCAUCACCUCCCCCAGGCCCCCAACCUGGGCAAGAGCUGCCCUGAGAUCCGGGACUAUGAACAGGAGCUGGAAAUCGUGGCCAAGGUGACCACUGUGUUUGUGAGCCAAAGCAGCGGGGAGCCCCCCGGGCCCUCCAGGGGGCAGCAAUGCAGUGGUGCCAGGCUGGAUCCCCGGCCGGAGGUCAGCAUGGCGGAGCACCCCGACGUGGAAGGCCUGGAGGAGAGCUUCCGAAAGUUUGCCAUCCAUGGCGACACCAAGGCCACGGGCCAGGAGAUGAAUGGCAAGAACUGGGCCAAACUCUGCAAGGACUGCAAGGUCGCCGAUGGCAAGAAUGUCACCGGCACAGAUGUCGACAUCGUCUUCUCUAAAGUCAAGGGGAAGACUGCCCGAGUCAUCAAUUACGAGGAGUUCAAGAAGGCCCUGGAGGAGCUGGCGGCAAAGAGGUUUAAGGGCAAGCCCAAGGAGGAGGCGUUCAAUGCCAUCUGCAAGCUGGUGGCGGGCAAGGAGCGGCAACGGGGCGCACUGGGGGCCGCCCGGGUGGGGGGCUGGCUGAGUCCUGGCGCCCCUGCCCCGGCACUGAGCACCCGUGUUGGGCCCCGGGCAGAAAGCCAAAACGGGCGGCGCCGUGGAGCGGCUGACCGACACCAGCACACGGGCUCGCACAAGGAGCGCUUCGACGAGAGCGGCAAGGGCAAGGGCAUCGCGGGCCGGCAGGACAUCCUCGACGACAGCGGCUACGUCAGCGCCUACAAGCACGCGGGGACCUACGACUCCAAGGUGAAAAAGUGA